AUGUCUGGUUUUCCUCAGAUAGUUGUAGGAACGUACGAAGAAUUUUUAUUAGGUUACAAACCUAAAAUUGAAUUUGACUCGGGAAAAAAGUUUAAUUUUUUUCAAACUUUUGCCUCGCAUUCUCAUCAAGCCAGUUUAAGAUGUGUGGCAGCUAAUAAAAACUUAAUGGCUUCAUCUGGAGCCGAUGAAUAUGUUUACCUAUAUAAUAUGAAUACAAUGAAAAUGUUCAAUGUAAUAGACUACCAUGAUGCUACGGUUACUUGUUUAGAAUUUACUCCUGACAAUUCACACUUGAUUACUGCUAAUCAAAAAGGAGAUAUAGCUAUAUUUCAAUGUAAAGAUUGGAGUUUAGUGAAGUUAUGGAAAGAAGCUCAUAAACAUGCUAAUGGGGUCACAAGUGUGAGUGUACACCCAUCAGGAAGUUUAUUAUUGACAACAGGUGCAGAUAAUAAACUUAUAUUUUGGAAUCUUAUCAAAGGGCGAAAAGCAUAUACUAAAAAUUUUUCUAAAGUUUCAAUUGGUUGUUUUUUGAAUUUCGCCCAGUGGUCUCCAACAGGAAAAUAUUAUGCAGUUUGUAUUGGAAAACAAUUAGAAGUGUACAAAACUAGUACUGCCAGUGUUAUUUAUAAAAUUGUUGUUAACUCCAAAAUAUCUUGUGCUACAUUCUGUAAAAAAACGUUAAUAUGUAUUGGAACUGAUGAUGGACAAUUAGAAAUCCAUUCGAUAAUAGAAAAAAAAUUACUUAUUCAAGAACAUUCGCAUAAAGCAAGACUUAAAUGUAUGACAUCAUUUUGUAAAAUGGUGAAAAAAAAGAAAAUAGUUAAAAAUAAUGAUUAUUUGGUAACAGCAGACAGUAAAGGUUUAAUUAAAUUAUGGUGUAUAAAGAAAAAAUCUGAUAAUUUUCGUUUGAUACCUAAAUGUGAGAUAGAUUGCGAUUGUCGAAUAACUUGUGUGACUAAAGUUUUUCCUAUGAGUGUUAAGAAGGAAAAAUUGGAACAAAUAGAUAUUGUAAAUGAAGUUACAAACAAUGAGACAAUUGACGAUAUAGCAAUUGAAAAUUACAUAAAAUCUCAGGAAGACAAACACAGCAAUGAAAGUAAUGAACAAGAACAAAACCAAAAUAAUAAAACCUGUAAUAAAAAUUCUCAAAUCAUUGAAAUUUCAGAAGAAAUAUCUACAGUCAAUAAUAAAAAACCGAGAAAAUUUAAAAACUUAAGUGGGAAAAAAAAUUUAAAAAACAUAAUACAAAGUAAUCAAAAUAUACUUGAAAAAUCAUUAAAUGACACAAAAGUCAAUAAGUCUGAUGCUAAAAAACUAUCAUUAUAA